GCCUAUGUCGACACCAACCUCCUCGGUACUGGCAAGAUAUCCAAGGCCGCAAUUAUUGGCCAGCAAGGAGGUGUUUGGGCGUCGUCGCCGGGAUACACGCUCUCCGCGCAAGAGCAGAAGGAUAUUGUGAACGCGUUUGCCAACCCCGGCGCUGCCCAAGCGAGUGGUAUUCGUCUCGCGGGGCAGAAGUUCUUCACUCUCCAGGCGAAUGACCGUAGUUUGUACGGGAAGAAGCAGGCGGACGGCUGUGUGCUCGUCAAGACGAAGCAGGCCGUCCUCGUCACAGAAUACGCCAACCCCGUCCAAGCACCCGAGGCGACACCGGUCGUCGAGAACCUGGCGGACUACCUCAUCAGCGUCGGAUACUAG